UCGUCCUUUGUGGCCAUUGGAUAUCCAGUCAUUUUCUGCACCUCUUGCCCAACAGGGCGAGUUAAAUGAAACGUACCCAGUCCACGACGCUGUUGGGAGGAGUUGAGCUCAACAGCUGGCUAGCUGCUUUGAAGCUUUUUGCCAAAGCUACCUCCCCACGACAACACACAGACUAAUUGUUCCAUUCAAAGAAGAAAAACGAACUAGGAGGACUUAAAACUGCCCUAAUAUAUAAAAAAUGAAUCGUUGGUAUUUUUCGUGAGAAAUACGGGAGAGAUUUGCCUCGUGAAAAGGUGCCUUUUGACAGAGCUGUUGCAGCUAUAGGCGCUCGAGACGAGAGUGAGGUGAAGCGAAAGUUGGGAGCGAAAAACGGAUCUUUCCAAAAGGGAAAAGACGCGACACGUCGCCUCACCACUCUCUUCCAUUCCUUACCUCCAAGUCACAAACACGUCGGCUGAGAUGCGGCUGCCAGUCACCUGGAGUUAAAUGCUAGUCCAUGAGAGGAGAGUGGGAGUUUGGCCAAGGACGAGGAGAAAGAAUAAGAGGUUUCCCGAAGCAGAGGGACCGAGGGACAGAGCAGGGAGAGGACAUGUCUCUUUGGGUGAUACUACCUGUCAGUCUGCCUUCCUUGACCAUCACUGGAAUAUGGGUUGUGUACGUCAUGGCCCUGUACAACCAGCACGUCUGCCCUGUAGAUAACUGGUUGUAUAACCAGUCGUGUGACAAGGAGCUUUAUCUACAGAGUGGACCAACGUUGUGCUGUACUCUAGACAAUGUUCCUCUUAUCAGUAAAUGUGGGACUCUUCCUCCAGAAAGCUGCUUCUUCAGCCUCAUCUGCAGCACUGGAUCCUUCAUGGUGAUGGUGAUAGUAUUCCUACGUUAUGCCCAUGUGAUAGAGAAGUAUCAGAACUGUGUGUUGAACACAGCGGGCCUGUCCACCGGCUGGAUCUGUGCUGCAGGACUUAUCAUGAUCGGCAACUUCCAGGUGGACAAUGCUAAGAUCCUCCACUAUGUGGGGGCAGGGGUAGCGUUCCCCACCAGUAUGCUGUUUGUGUGUCUGCAGUCGGCUCUAACCUACAGGCUGGCCAAGACUCAGGGAGAAUACAGCGUGGCUCACCUACGACUGGGCAUGACACUACUGGCCUUCAUCACCCUGGUGCUUAGUGGCGUGUUCUUUGUCCAGGAGAGCUUCGUCCUGCAGCACGCGUCGGCCAUCUUUGAGUGGGUGUUCUGCAUCAUCAUCAUGCUCUUCUACGGAACCUUCGCCUUCGAGUUCGCCGGCGUCACAGGAGAGACUGUGAUGGUGCUCGCCAGAGGGGGAGCCCUGGGGCCGAACGGGAGAGAUCACAAAGUGGAGUCCCGAGGAGGUCCCAUUCCACACCCCCCUGAGACCAUAUCAAUGCUGUAGUCCCUGGGAGAAAAGCCAGAGAGCUGGCCUGUACCAUUAUCAAUCUGGGGGAGGUGGAGGGACUUUUGAGUAUCCAUCGCUAAAACACCAAAACACUACCAUUCCAGGGCAUGAAGUGGACUAUGCCAAUGCCACAUAAGCCUGGGGGAGUGGAGUGGAGUGGACACUAUGGGGGAGAUGGGGGUUUGUACUGUUCCCAUGUCCCCUGUCCCAGCCUCCAAAGACCCUGUUAGCACGUCACUAAGGACCCAAAUCCUCUUUUCCUUUUCCUUCAUCCCCCGCUGGUGCUUUACAGGAAGUGAUCCCUGCUGCUGUCUGAUGACAUCACUGUCGUCUGGACGCAGGUUUAGAGAAGAGGGCAGGCCACCAGACGGCCAUAGAGAGAGAAAGAAAGAGAGGCUGUAUCAUGAGAAAGAGAGACUGAGAGAAAAAUAAAGGAAUGCAUUAGAGAAGAGAGAGAGACUGCCUGCGUGGGAGAGCUAGGCCUGUGUAAUGUUAGAUUUGCAUAUGAAAUCCCCUUAUUUUCAGAGACGUUUAGCGAGCAGACAUGGAUGUUUCCCCCAGUGCUAGAGUCCAAAUGGUCCAAACGAGACAAAAACCUGCCAUCAUUUGUUCAUUAAAACGCACAACAACAUUACCAUGAGACCCGGGUCUCACACAGCUCCCAAUACACCAAAUUGAAUGUUUAGAAUAUUCUGAAUGUUUAAAAUAGUUAAAUUGACUCCCCUCACAUGUAGCGAAAGACUGAGGACUAGCUAAAACGAAUGUGUUCAUGACAUGGAUGUUUCUCUGAUUUAACAGUAUCCUGGUCAUUGAAACCCGGUUUUAAACCUGGGAAUAACUGGCUACCAGAAUGACCUUAUUUUUUUUACUGAAGCUAUGUAAACAUUGUGCCUUAUAAAGCUGGACAUUGUAAUGCAGACUUUUGCAGACUGUAAAAAUAUCUUUUUUUCCCUGAUGAUUAUUAGAGAAACUUGAGUAUAUGGAAAGCCAAACCUCCAAUAGGAUUUUAUACGUAAUGUCCAAAACAUUUGUAUUUUAUAAAUGUUGACUGUACAGUUCAGCCAAAACUUAUGGAUGUUGGGAGUGGAGAAGAGGACUGGAAGAAUCCAACUGUAAACCAGCUCAUACAAGCCAGAGCUGUGCCUGGGCUGAUCGAGUUAAAUCGCAGAAAAUCAGAAACGUUUCAGAGUCUGAAGAACUGAGGACCAGAAUAGAGGAGGAGUGGACAAGCCUUCUCUACUUCAGAGCUCCUCUUCUUUUAUUUUUGGCAGCCUGGGUGUUCAUCUGUUUCUGCUUCAAUCAACUUGUUACCGUCCCAGACUACUUGUUACCGUCUCAGACAACUUGUUACCGUCCCAGACUACUUGUUACCGUCCCAGACAACUUGUUACCGUCCCAGACUACUUGUUACCGUCCCAGACUACUUGUUACCGUCCCAGACAACUUGUUACCGUCUCAGACAACUUGUUACCGUCCCAGACUACUUGUUACCGUCCCAGACAACUUGUUACCGUCCCAGACAACUUGGUACUGUCCCAGACAACUUGGUACUGUCCCAGACAACUUGGUACUGUCCCAGACAACUUGUUACCGUGCCAGACAACUUGAUACCGUCCCAGACAACUUGUUACCGUCCCAGACAACUUGUUACCGUCUCAGACAACUUGUUACCAUCCAAGACAACUUGUUACCGUCCAAGACAACUUGUUACCGUCCCAGACAACUUGUUACCGUCUCAGUCAACUUCUUACCGUCUCAGACAACUUGUUACCGUCUCAGACAACUUGUUACCGUCCCAGACAACUUGUUACCGUGCCAGACAACUUGAUACCGUCUCAGACAACUUGUUACCGUCUCUGACAACUUGUUACCGUCCCAGACAACUUGUUACCGUCUCGGACAACUUGUUACCGUCCAAGACAACUUGUUACCGUCUCAGACAACUUGUUACUGUCCAAGACAACUUGUUACCGUCCCAGACAACUUGUUACCGUCUCAGACAACUUGUUACCUUCCCAGACGACUUGUUACCAUCUCAGUCAACUUGUUACCGUCUCAGACAACUUGUUACCGUCCCAGACAACUUGUUACCGUCCCAGACAACUUGUAACCCUCUCAGACAACUUGUUAGCUUCCCAGACUACUUGUUACCGUCUCAGUCAACUUGUUACCGUCUCAGACAACUUGUUACCGUCUCAGACUACUUGUUACCGUCCCAGACAACUUGUUAUCAUCCCAGACAACUUGUUACCGUCCCAGACAACUUGUUACCGUCCCAGACAACUUGUUACCCUCUCAGACAACUUGUUACCUUCCCAGACUACUUGUUACCGUCUCAGUCAACUUGUUACCGUCUCAGACAACUUGUUACCGUCUCAGACUACUUGUUACCGUCCCAGACAACUUGUUAUCAUCCCAGACAACUUGUUACCGUCCCAGACAACUUGUUACCGUCCCAGACAACUUGUUACCGUCCCAGACAACUUGUUACCCUCUCAGACAACUUGUUACCUUCCCAGACUACUUGUUACCGUCUCAGUCAACUUGUUACCGUCCCAGACAACUUGUUACCGUCUCAGACAACUUGUUACCGUCCCAGACAACUUGUUACCGUCUCAGACAACUUGUUACCGUGCCAGACAACUUGAUACCGUCCCAGACAACUUGUUACCGUCUCUGACAACUUGUUACCGUCCCAGACAACUUGUUACCGUCUCGGACAACUUGUUACCGUCCAAGACAACUUGUUACCGUCUCAGACAACUUGUUACUGUCCAAGACAACUUGUUACCGUCCCAGACAACUUGUUACCGUCUCAGACAACUUGUUACCUUCCCAGACUACUUGUUACCAUCUCAGUCAACUUGUUACCGUCUCAGACAACUUGUUACCGUCCCAGACAACUUGUUACCGUCCCAGACAACUUGUUACCCUCUCAGACAACUUGUUACCUUCCCAGACUACUUGUUACCGUCUCAGUCAACUUGUUACCGUCUCAGACAACUUGUUACCGUCUCAGACUACUUGUUACCGUCCCAGACAACUUGUUAUCAUCCCAGACAACUUGUUACCGUCCCAGACAACUUGUUACCGUCCCAGACAACUUGUUACCGUCCCAGACAACUUGUUACAGUCUCAGACUACUUGUUACCGUCUCAGUCAACUUGUUACCGUCUCAGACAACUUGUUACCUUCCCAGACAACUUGUUACCGUCUCAGUCAACUUGUCAGUUGUUGUUUUGCAAUGGUACAAUGUAUUGUUGAAUGCUGAAACUACAUAACAGUCCGACACCCGGGUUAUCUUCUUGGCUUUAGCUUUCUGUCCCUUUAGCUUAACCUGGCAUAGGGCCUACAGGGAACGGGAUGGAGCUGCUGCUUGCUGCUGUUCUUCUUCCAUAGAAUGUAGAGACAUAAACCAUCCGUAUCCAUUCUCCUGCCUGUAACUACACUGUGUCAAACCAUUCUCCUGCCUUUCAGAUCUUGUGCUAAGAGAUCUUAUUAUGCAAAUCUGUCUCCACUGUUUCAAUGCGGCCGCAUUAGCUAAAAUAAUGAAUAAUAAAUAGGUGGGUGCUUAUAUUUGUCCUAUUUCACACAUGUACAAGUGUGUAUUAAUACGCAUGUGUUAAUUGGAAAUGUUAAAUUCUUUUGCAUAUCCCAACUCCCGCUGAGACACCUGUAGAGAGUGGGGUCACGGCCAGGGUAAGCCAUUAUCAACGGCAACCCUGGAGCAAUUAGGGUUAAGUGCCUUGCUUGAGGGCACAUCAAAAUAUUUUUGAUUCAAUUCCUGUCGGCACUAAUAUCACUCCAUAUACCCGCCUCAGUUUUCAAGUGCCAUUUAAAUGCUCUGUUCUUGAAACUGUCUUAAUAAAUCUCACUGACCCAGUAUUGACUUACUGUGCCAAACAAUAUCAAAUCAUAUGAGUGCUUCAAGAAGUAGGAUGAAGUUUUCACCUAGAUACUUAUCCUGGGUCAGUUUAGCAUAUUUCCUCCCUAAUGGUUAUGGUUAGGAUUUGGCCAGGGUUAAUGUCUACGCUGAGCACCGUGGUCAUUAGGAACCAAACGGAAGAAAACGGGCAGAAACAGGGAGGGACUAACUGGACUACCUGUCCAAUGAAAAAUGCUAAUUUUCGUGGUAAUUUGCAAAACAUUAUAAAAUGUUUUCUGUUGCAUGCCUUAAUGAAUAUGACCCUUGUCAAUGUUCUGUUUCUCUGUUUACUGAUCUACCUUCAAACGUUUACCUCUCAGGAAUCUGUUACAUCACCAGCUGGCCGCAAUCUUGUGAUUCUAAACAAAACUUCACAUUUUAAAGUAGAUUAUGUUUUUUGUAUAUUCAAUUGUGUUUUAGGGAACUUGUUUUGACCAGUGUGUUGAUUUUACAUUUCAAUGUCAAAGUGCCAUUGGCUCUGCCCAUAUCUGACCUGAUUGGUCAUGCCAUGGUUCCAUUGGUUAUAUGUUUUAUGCAGAACCAUAUAUUUACAUAUAGAGCUGGUUCUAUGCUUUAUCAAAGAAGGGCAACACUAUACUGUAUAAAUACCAGCGGUAUUAUAAGUGCUUCAUUCAGAUAUUAUCAAUACAGUUGAUGGAUAAUCAAUAAAGUUUGGUUACGUUUUAUUUGUACACCCAAAGGUCUCUCUAAGGCUGUAAGUUGGCACACGCACACAGAGUAGAGAACAUUCCUCUAUCUAGCUGUUGUCCUCAUUGGUAUGUUCAUUAAGGUCUUACCUACCUACAGAUAUCCAAAUCAAAAUGGUGCCAUACUCUACUGAAAUGUAGGGAACCUGUAUGUGACUUUUAUUUUGACGAAACCAAAGAAAGAGAUGUGCCAGGUUAAAAGUGUUUGUUAUAAUGAGAGAAGAUUCUAUAUUUGCCUUAAAUUGUUCUACAAUAAAACUAAGGUAAUAUCUUA